AUGUCAGCUAGACAGACGCCCGAGCCCGAUUCACCGACUGCAAUCAUUGCUGCCAUCACUCGUACCACUACGGGCUACUCGACUGGGCAGUCAGACUCCAAUCGAACAUCGAAUGUGAACGAGACUAGGAAUGUCAGCGAGAAGACUCAGCGUGCAUCCGGAGCCACCACGCCGAGCAUACAGGGGGGAAAUCCGGACCUAGGAGAUACGAGUCAGGCUCUGGAUACUGCGACAGAUAAAAUUAGAGGGUGGGAGGACGUGAAAGAGGCCAUCAUCUUGGCAUGGGAAGACUGUCGCGGCUCCCUGUUCACCAAUUGGAUCCACGUGCCCAUCGGCUGCUUCUGCAUACUCGUGGUUUGCUGGUCUCUGGAUCUCCUCGUCUCCACAAUACCCGGCCUCAGAUUCCCCGGACCGGUCGUUGGCUGUUUAGUCACCUUUGGUCUCUUGCUUCUUCUCGAGGGGCUGUCGCUCAAGUUUCCAAAGACAGCACCAGAGCAGGAUGUGGAAGCAGCUGCGGUAGAAGGAGAGACUGGCUCGCCAAAGAAGGACAACGACAAUCAUGAGGGACGCUUUGUCAGGCCCGUAAUGGCAUUCAUCGGCCCGCCCUCCGAUUUUCUGCUGAGGAAUAUGAGCUUGCUCUUCACUCCUGCCUUCAUCUCCAUUCCUGCCAGGGAGGUAUUGCCUGGACGAGAGGUGGGCAUCAUCGCUGCUUUCUUCUUGCUCACUCAAGUGGUUGGCUUUGUCCUCCCCACUCUGGUGUGCAAGGGAAUGGAUGCUGUCAUCAGAAAGUGGCAAUCUCGUCGCAACUCAUCUGCCACAACAUCGGACAGCGAGAGGGUAGACAGUGCUGACGAUCCGAAAGCAGGUGCAAGCAAAGAUGCUGCCUUCGGCGCCAUUGCGAAUGGCAUGAAGACGGUCACGAGGCUUUCCAUCGCGCCAAUCUCGAUCAGCAUGUCACACAAGCCAACCAAAGAGACGCUCGCUUCCCAAGCGCGUAGUGAGCACGUCGAGCAUGUGCAAAGAGAGCAGGCUCGACAGCAGGGUAUCAUCACCCUCGACAGUGAGCUCGUCAAUAUGCAGUCCCUCAGACGACUACACGAGCGCCAUCAGCACAGACCUCAUUCUCAGCGAUCUCGGUCUCGAACCCGCCCAGUCGUCCACACUCGCUCGAUCAGCGUCUUGCCAUCAUCUAGAAGACCAGUCACCUCGCCAUCAGAGCCUCCUACCAUGGAAAUGAAAGGAACCACCGUGCUACCACCACACGAAUCGCAGACGGCGGCAGCCCAGUCUAUCUUCUCUCCAGACUUCUCGCUGGCACGAAGACCUACCUGGCAUGGAGAGUCGCCAGCUCAAAACCCGGAUCCCGUCUUCCUUUCAAGCAUCGCACCUGAUGAGAUCGAGGUCAUGCCAGUUGCAAACUCUGCACAGGGAGGAGUUGCACCACGUGCAACACCACAGGAGGAGGCGCAGGAUGUCAUCGCAGUCGUCCGAUCUAUGGUCAUGCCUGAGGUUCAGCCUGGAGAGAUUGCGCGUACGGAUCCUUCACCCAUCCUUGCUGAGCGGAAGGCAAGUGCGAUUACCUUCGUUGACGAAUCUACGAAGGGAACUCCAGACACAGCAGAGGCAGAUGGUGCAGCAGAAAGCGAAGAAGAGAAGCCUAUCAGUCCACGGGAGCGUAGACGCUCUCGCCGAGCAUCCGCGAUCAGCAAUGCUGCAGACGGAGAGCCAGAUGCGAUCGAUCGCCUCGCCGAUCGAAUGAUCAAGUACUUCUCACCCAUGGUCUAUCUCAUCGCCUUCUUCGUUGGCCUGCCCCUCUUCUUUGCAUCGGAUCACUCCCUGGUUCUCUUUCUGGCAGUCAAUGUCCUCACCUUCUGGAUUGCUAUCACACUUGUGCCUGCCAAGAUCAGACGCUUCCUCCAUCCGAUUCUGACGACUUCUGCGAUGACGCUCCUCAUCCUCUGGGCACUAGGCGAGAUCAAAGGUCUCUCGCUCAAGCAGACUCUCCUGACGCACUACAACGUCGAUGCCAAGUACGACAAGCUCUUUGCUCCGGCAGGCUACAACGGUCCUGUGCCAGGCGCAGCCGACAUCUUGUCAUCGCUCCUAGACGCCGGCAUACUCGCCCUCUGUGUAGUGCUGUACCGCUACCGCCGCGAUCUGGCCGAGUGCGGGGUGCGUCUAGUCAUCGGCCUGCUCCCUUCGGUCAUCUUUACCCUCUUCCUCUGCCCAGCCCUUGCCUCUCUCAUAACGCUCGAUCAACCGCGCUCCCUCGCCUUUGCAGGGCGCUUCCUCUCCACCCCGCUCGCAAUCGAGCUAGUAGACACACUUGAGGGCGAUGUGAACAUCUGCGUCAUCCUCGUCGUCGUCACGGGGAUCAUCGCCGCUCUACUGAAGGAGCCCUUUUUCAAGCUCAUGGCAGUCGACAUGGACGAUCAUCUCACUGUUGGUUUAGCAAUGGGAAGUACAUCGGGAGCGAUUGGUGCUUCGAGCUUGAUUGCGCGUCCCAGGGUCAUGGCGGUGGCAUCGCUGUCGUUCAUCCUCUUUGGGGCACUCUGUCUACUGCUGGUCGCUAUCCCGCCGGUCACGACGCAAAUGCAGCUGCUCGCGCUGGUGGGGUAA